CGUCGACCGUGACGAAGAUGCGCUACAAUGGCCCUGGCGUGCUAGCUUUCUUGUUAUUUCCACUCGCUUUCCUGACCUGCUGUGUACGCGCGUCGGCGCUAACGACGUUCAUCUCCCCAAAUGAACGUCUAUGUUUCUACGCGGAUGUAGACAAGGCCGGAGAGAAGAUUGGUUUCUAUUUUGCAGUACAAUCCGGCGGUUCGUUUGAUAUCGACUUUGAAGUGAAAGACCCAAACGAGAAGGUGCUCCUCGACGGACUGCGCGAGCGGCAAGGCGACUACGUCUUCACUGCAAAUACCGUUGGAGAGUAUGCGUUCUGCUUCGAGAACGACAUGUCGACACUCUCGGAGAAACUCAUCGACUUCGACAUCAUGGUCGAGAGCGAGCCGCGGCGAGAGGCGCCGGCGAAGCCGGGGCAGAUUGCGGAGCAGACGAGCGCGCUAGAGGAGAGCAUAUUCAGGCUAAACGGGCAGUUGAUGAGCAUCAAGAGAACGCAGAAAUAUUUCCACACGAGAGAAAACCGGGGAUUCUCUAUCGUCAAGACCACGCAAAAUCGUUUAUUCUGGUAUGCGGUCCUGGAGAGUCUGACCAUGAUAGGCAUGGCGAUCGCUCAAGUCUACAUCCUUCAAACAUUCUUCACCAAAACGGGUCGACGAUACAAGGUGUAAAGCGUCUCGCCAAUAAUGUUCAUGUACUUAUGAUCACGUCGGGGCGUAAUUCUCAUUACCAUGUUAUAUACGAAUGCAAAGCCUCUUCAUCGCACAACUUGUAACAAACGGAACAACUGAUAUACUACUGUAUCUCUGCCAAGCUGGUACAAGCUGUCUACAUUGGACAAAC